AUGGAUGUGGAAGAGCUGAUUGAAUCCAUCAUCAGAGCACUCAUGUUUCUGGCAGGGAUCCUGGGAAACAACUGGCUGGCUAUACGCUCCCUGCCCGGGAAGAAAUCUGGCAUCCGCACCAACGAGAUCCUUUUCAUCAACCUGGCCGUCUCCAACCUCAUCACCAACUACCUGGUGGACCUGCCCGACACCAUGGCAGAUUUCGCCGGGCGUUGGUUCCUGGGGGAAACCUUCUGUGGCGUGUUUCGUUUUUGUGCUGACCUUUCUGAAACUAGCAGCAUCUACACGACCUUUUUCAUCAGCACUUUCUGGCACCAGAAGCUCGUCGGCUCCCUGAAGCGCGGAGGAGCGCCAGUGCAGCUUGACAGCCUGUGCUUGGUGGGAUGUCUACUGGCCGGGAGCUGGUCGGUGGCUUUGGUCUUCAGCAUCCCACACUUUUUCUUUGUCAAAGUGGAGAGCGGAAAUGGCAGCAAAGAAGACUGUAUAGAUGUUUUCCCUAAUGCAAUUGCAAGGCAAACCUAUGAGAUCCUUUAUUUAACCCUGGCUAAUGCAAUCCCUGUUGCAGGGAUUGUAUUUGCCAGCGUCCAGAUUGUCAUCACUCUCCUUCAAAACCAACGACGCAUUAAGGGUCAUAACUCUGAUGCUACCAAGGAGAUGGUUAAGGAUGACAACAAGAGUGUUGAGAACAGACGUGACGACACGUCAGACAGCGCUGUCUCUAUUCCAGGCACCUCAAAUGCUGCAUCCCUAACCCACAUUCAUUCUCCUUCCCGUCCAAAUGAAGGGCAGUCAGGUCAAAGCUCUCCCCUCAACAGGGAAACAAACACAGAAAGCAGAGCUGGAGCUCAACCAAAUCUUUCAAGGCCCAGCCAGAUGCCAGCUAAGCCUAGCUCGAGCUCAAGCACUCAGGUGAGGGCAGCCAAGAGCGUGGUGGCUGUAGCCAGCGUGUUCCUGGUCUGCUGGCUGACUCAUCUGCUUCUGCGCAUCACCAACAACAUCCACACCUCGUCGAUUUUGGUGGAGGUGGCCAGCUAUAUCGCAGCCUCCUACACCUGCAUCAUCCCCUACAUAUUCCUGCACGGAGUGAAAAAGCUUUCUUGCUCCUGCAAAGGGUAG